AUGACGGGAAGGCCGUAUUUAUAUAAAAAUACCAAAGAAAUAGAUAUUAUGUCUAUUGGCUUUGCCCACCUCGAGACUCAAGAAUUAACUGGGAUCAUUGAUAAACCUCUUGCGAUUCAAGCAGGAAUCAACUAUUUUAAUAAUACUAAAAUAGACAAUAUGUGGUUUAAUGUAAUGUCACAAGUCAAUUUUAAUGCGAGCAUGGCAGGAUUUAUUUGGGAGAAUCAUCGUUAUCUUCCUGUUGAUUUUGUGAAUUCACUUGAGCUAUUACCAUCUGGUAAAAAUCGUGUAGGCGUGAUAUCUGUAGAACUUUCUGCAUCUGAAGAAUAUAUUAAGUGGCUUCAUAUAGUGUCAUCAUGGAAGAAGACUGGAAAUGUUUCUGAUGGGUUUUGCCCAAUAUGUUAUUCAUCAAACACAGCAGGCCCUGAUAUCUCAAUUGCUUUUUUCUUUCUGAAAGGAGAAAAAAGAGAAGCUUAUAUUCUAAAUACUCAGACAAAAACUCGAAUCCCAAUCCUUUUCAGUUUUAUAAUAAAUUGCAUGAAAUCUAUGAAUGACAAAAAUGGAGAUAAGAUACCAAGAUUGAUUAUUGAUGAAAAUAAUGCAGACAUAUUGAUUUCUAAUGAUUGUCAAAAUUGGAUUAAAGUUUUAAAACAAGAACAGGGAUCUGAAGUUGAUUGGGAAUGUAGUGAUAUUGAAAUUUCUGAGGGUGAAGAAUAG